AUGGUCCUCCUUUCCACUCCAUGCUCGGCUCGUGUGCCCAUUCACAUGUUCAUUCCUGAAGAGCGCUCAGGAGGAGAGCACAGACAUAGAGAGGACACAUCCCCUUCCGCUGGCAGACCCGACACGGGUGGUUUCCACAUGCUGAUUUUUUGUGUGGAUGGGGAGCAGGAUGUGUCGAAACCUGCGCGCUGUUUCCUUCAAACAAAAUAA